AUAAUAUAUAAAUAUUAUAAAUUAUAAAAAUUAAAAACAAACACAUGCAAACAGUAAACACCAGUUAUUUAUUAUUGUACAUAUGAUGCCUUAAAAAUAAUGACGGCUUAAGUUUACUUUGUUUUCAAGAUUAUUUUGUUUACAAUAAGAAAUUCAUUACUUUAAUUUGUACAUAGACGUUACUGUGCAAGGUGUACUCUUUUACAAAUACAAGAACAGUGAUACUCGGAUGAAAUGUGUUCCUCACCUAUUAUUUAAUAUACAUACAUAUUUGUUAAAUUGUUAUUAGUCAAAGUUGUGGUCCCAAUGGGUGUAACAAUUUUAACACAGUUCCCUACAGAAAAUAGAACUGGACCUCAAACCAUAGAAGUAUUGUCAAAACGCAUUUUGGCUCUAGGGGCAACACAACAGGGUCAAUUUCUUGUAGACUGUGAUACAUAUACAAGUAUACCUCAGUUGGGUCCACAAAGAACAGUUCAUGUUUUACACAACUCAGAGCAACCAGCCACAGUAUUUUCACUCCUAGAAUCUGGAAACAAAACUAUUCCGUUAGCAGCAGAUGGACUUUUUGAUCUCCUCAUGAUGAAAAUGUCUAGUUUUUAUACACCGAAGAAGCAAACAAAAGCUGAAUCCAAAGGUCUGAGAUAUGAAAUAGGAGAUUUUUGUGUUAAACUUGGUAGUGUUACAGUGAGUAGUAACUUCAAGGGCAUUCUAGUGGAAAUUGAAUAUAGACCAUGUGUGGUGCCUAAAAUGUGUUGGGAUUUAAUGAAAGAAUUUAUGCAAGGUUUCUUGGGUGCAGCUGGACCCACAAAUCCCCCAACUUAUUUACAAAACAGAAUGCAAGAAAUUUAUUCUCCAAUAGAUACUAUUCACCAGUAUUUAGAACAUUUUACGAUGUUCAGAAAAUCACCAGGAGGGAUGGGAUUGAGAACUUAAAUACAACUAAAAUAUUUUUAGUUAUAGUAUAGUUUUAUACAAGGUAAAAUCAUGUUUGAUCCCUUAUUUAAUGUGAAAAAUUAAAUAUUUUAUAGUCUUU